AUGAGGCGCAUCAACUGCAACAACGAGACGGAGAAGCCAGAACUGGACUUGAUGACAAUCGGCGCUCUACCACUGGAAAUUCUUAUCGACAUUCUAUCGAGACUACCCGUAAAUUCGAUUUGUUGCAUGAGAUGUGUAUCUAAGGCCUUUUUAAAGAUGGUUGAUGACCUCUUUCUUGCCACAAUGCACAUGCGGCAUCAUUUUCUAACCACGUGUUCUACUACUACCACUGAAGUUCCUCGACUUGUUUUUCUUGAUGAGCGUCCCUUUCUUAGAUAUGCCUUGUUGUAUCCAUUGAAAUAUGAUGGCCAUGACUUAUUGACAAAGAGCAAACAGGCAAUUGUUUCCUAUUUUGGAUCCAGACGGCAUUUUUAUUCUGCUGCUUUUGUUUUCUGCAACUUGUUUGGCUUUACUGGAAGGUCAUGCUUUACUGGUCUUAAUCUGGAGAGGUCAUGCUUGUUGGUGAAUCCUUUCAAAGGAGAAGUUCUAAUGCUCCCCUCAGUGAGUGACGUCCAAGUUCCAUCCAAUAGUCUCUGCGAUGUUGAUUGGUAUGGCAUGGGAUUUGAUAAUAUAACCAACAGCUUCAAGAUUGUUCGUGUUUCCACCAAUUAA